AUGACGUCACAUCUGGAUAAAGCUCUGCUUCAGUUGUCAUUAGAAGAAGACGAUGAACCAUUUCUGCUUCCUGAUCAUCCGGAGUAUUACUCAACGGGUAGGAAUGCGCUAAGCGUGGUUGGCAGAUUACUGAACCCUAAGUGCCAGAGCAUGGCAGACCUAAUCCUCGACAUGCCUCGGAAGUGGCGUCUGUACGACAGGGUGAAAGGAGUGGCCUUAUCAAAAGAUAAGUUUCAGUUUAUCUUCAAACAUGAACAAGAUAUGAUCGAUGUGCUCAACAAAGGAGCUCACACACACAACAUGUGGCCUAUUGCUCUGGAGAGAUGGGUUGAGAAACCGCCGGAGGACUAUCUACAAUAUAUAUCUGUAUGGGUUCAGAUGAGAAACAUUCCCAUCAACCACUACACGAAGAAAGCAUUAGAAUCUCUGGGAGAUUUUGCUGGUAAAGUGGAGGUGGUGGCCUUUGAUCCCGACAAAUCUCAGGUCAGAGAUUAUGUAAGAGUUCUGGUACGGUUUGAUGUCUCAAAACCUCUUAGGAGGGCGAAGAAAGUUACAACACCAGGAGGAGAAGCGGUAAACAUCUUAUAUGAUUAUGAAAGGCUUCAGAAAAGAUGUUAUACAUGUCAGAGGAUCACCCAUGAGCAACCUCAGUGUCCUAUCUUCAAAAACUUGAAGGCUUCCACGGAGAUCCUGGAAGGCUCAUCUGCGGAAAGUAAAAGAAAUGAGGAUUUUGCCCAUCAGAAAAAAUCUGACCCGCUCUUCGGGCUCAUUCCAGAGCAUCAGCUAGGGUUGGACCCUAUCACUGGCAGACCGAAGAUUGCUGAGGAAGUUCUGGAGGAUAUGAGGUUAUACUUAAAGGCUGCUUCGGGCGCGGAGAAGGGUGCUAGGGAGGAAAGGAUUAGGAAAUCCAUUGAAGACCUUGAGAAAGAUCCCAUUGCUCAGAAAAUCUCUCUCAGACUUGAGACCCCUCCGACUGUAACCAAAGACUUGGAUAGAGGAAAAGGGAUUGUCUUUGACUUUAGCGCUUGUCCUGAUGCUAUCCAAAGAUAG